UCCGGAUACUGAUGUACGACAGUGUACAAUAAGCGACACGCAAACUUUGAUCGCGCGAAGAUGCUACAAAGCAGAGUAUCAGAAUAGGAAGAGUCACUGAUUCUGACGUAUCGUCAGAAACGACCGUUUCGAUCCAUGCCAUCGCGAUCGAUUUCUAUGUAACUUUGUUGUGCUUUAGUGGACACAACGGGCUAGGCAACUAUCGCAUCGGAAGAAGAGGAGGACGCAGAUUAAUCGAGCGUAUCCGAUGCGAUUCGAUCGACCAACUUAAUUUCCUGACAAGACGUACAUCGUGCUUCAUUAUCUUCGACGUUCCGCUCUGGUAUGAUCGAGCAAUUCCAUACAUCACUAUCUAGUUUCAUUUAGAUGGACGUAGGUACACGUUCAGACUUGGAAAUCGGGAAGGUAGAAUCAGUCGCGUGACAGCUGCGAACGAGUGAGUAAUCGUCGUGAUACUAAUCGACCGUCGACGAACUUUGUCGUGUACGAGACAAUUCUCUGGUGCAUAGGCAAAGGAGUAUAAGCCAGAUUUUGGCCAACAGGAUAAAAAAUUAUUAACGAAGAAGGUGACGAUGCUUCGGUUCAGACGGGAAUUUUGUGUGACGUUGCUGCUACUGUGCGUCUCAAGAAGCACGCACCUCUCCGGGUCUUCGGCAGACACCGAACCUAUUUUGAUACGACCGCUCAAAGUCUACGAGAGUAUGAUCAAGGGCGUUCACGAUCACUUUAACAACACCUGCAUUAUACUUUUUCACGGCACGAUAAACAUGAUAGAAAAGAAAGGAUUGGAAGAUAUGUAUGGACUACUGGGGCUCCAAAGGUACUUGAGCGAAUCCCUGAACAUCCGGACCGCAAUCAUGGAUUUUAGCAUGUUCAAGAGUCGAGUAGGAAAGACUUAUCAUCACAUCAAAAGGCCGUUGUUCGUGUUAUUGAACGAUUUCGAAGAGAUCAGGGAGCAAUUCACUUCGGUUUCCAAAUGGAUCGCGAUGGCUUAUCCGACGUGGUUGCUGUUCCUGAGAGACGACACUAGAUUCGACGAAUUUUUGUCGAACGUCUACGUACCAUUUGACUGCAUUCUAAUAGUGACUCAGAGAGAUUCGAAGGGAACAGGUGAGAUUCUCCGGGACGUGUAUCAAAUCAGCAAGGAGGAUAAUCUGAUAUCGAUGAAGUUCGGCGAGUGGAAUGCGAGAGAAGGAUUCCAGGGACCUCAACUUGGAUUAUAUCAACGUAGAAACGAUCUAAAUGGACGCAACAUACGUGUGGUUUCCGUUCACGAUCCUCCAGUUUCGCGGAUCAUUCGCGAUAAAGCUGGUCAGCCUUCUAGGAUCGGCGGUUUCUUCGGUGAAGUGAUUCAACUGCUGCAAGAGGGAAUGAAUUGCACGUUUACCUAUAUGGAGGCUAACUCAUGGGGUACCCGAUUACCAAAUGGCACGUGGACAGGUUCGAUCAAAAUGUUGGUAGAAGACAAGGCAGAUCUAGCGGCAACUGAGCUGAUGAUGUCGUCUGACAGACUGGAGGCCAUUAAAUUUACCACUCCCGUCUACUCGACCAAAUGCCGCGCAUACAUCAAAAGACCAGACACAACAGCAGUGAAAUGGAACACGUACUUGGCACCAUUUGCAUUCAAUGUUUGGAACGCAAUCGGCCUGACCGUCGUGGUAGUGGCACUGACGAUCACCGGGAUCGAUACUCUCUCGAGAAAAGUAAAUUGGUUUCCGGUCGAUCUCAGGCCUAAUUCCAGGUCCACCUUAUUCGAGGUUCUCUUCUUCGUGUUUGGUGCGUUCUGUGGACAAGGCAUGGAACCGUCUCCCUUGGAUCCCACGCGACUGGUGCAUCUGAAUGUUCACUUGACGGGUGUGGUGGUGCUUGCAGCUUAUUCGGCAGCGUUAAUCAGCUUCUUGGCCAUAAAGACGUUUGUGAUGCCAUUUACUACGAUGGAGGGUUUGCUGAAAGAUGGUACCUAUCGAUUUGCCGUGGUUCACGAUUCGGCCGAUUACAGUUUCUUCCAGAACACCAGUGACACCGUGCUCACGGUCAUGUUCGAGGAGCUGUUGGCCAGGGAACUAGAUCUGCCGGUAAACUAUUUCGACGGUUUGAAUCGUGUUUGUCAGGAGAAGAAAUACGCUUUCAUGACACUGGAUAAUAUGGCCACCGUGCUGCAAGGGAAAAUCGAGUGCGCGGUAGAACCUUUGGAUGCGAUAAUGCAGACUACGAUAGCUAUGGCAGUGCCUAGUCACAGUCCUUAUCGUGGCAUUAUCGACACCAACAUUCUUCUGCUGCGGGAUAGCGGCAUCCUUCAGCGGCUGCUUAAGCUCGAAUGGUCGAGCCCAGUGCGUUGGGCAAACUCUGGUUGGUCUUCGGUAGAACUGGAAGACGCAGUGCCCCUACUUCUCUUUUUGAUUUCGUCUUACCUAGUCACUUGUUUGGUGUUAUUAGUCGAACGAAUACUGUCUCGCAGUCGAGUGCAACGAUCUCGCAGCGAUCAACAGUUUACAGGAAAUUAGUCAGGCGGAUAUUUAUCGGACCGUGCGCGAAUCGUCCUUUCGUGUCGACGCGUUAUCAAAUUAGUACGCAAAUAUAAACAAAGCUACAGUUGUGCGCGUUUUGCCGUAACGGUUGGAUAAGAUCGAAGAGAGAACAGUUUCUGAGAAGAAAUUCUGAGAAGAAA